UCAACGCGGGUGAGAUUAAUGUAUCACAAGAAAGUGAUAGUAAAUGCAAUGUGCUGUUUGGUAACAUUGCAUAUACAAAUGACAGGACAAGGGAAAUAUCAUAUACAAAUGAUUUUCAUGUUGGUCAGUGCGGGGCAUUUUUGCAGUGUAUCACGGGAGACUAG